AUGAAGAAGAUCGUUACGAAGCAAUUCUGCAGUCAACUUCUCGCAACUGGGCGGAACCCUCCUGUCACGCAAGCCGUGAAACCAAAUCCCGAGUUGGCGUCAAGACGAGCGGAACGAGCUGGAUCUCGCUGUGGACGUGGCCGACGGCUGUGCGGAUCUUCCACGUGGACGACAACGCGCUCACUUGCCAUUCCGGUGCAGGCGGCGGCCGGGAGCGCGCGUCUGACGCAGUGCAGAGCCCGCGGCGCGUUCACGUGCCACCAGCAGCAGCAGCAGCAGCAGCAUCAGGGGGCGCUACUACCGGUUCACCUGUCCCAGGCUGCACCUCAAAGGGCGGAUCCAGAAAAACCUUACCCUGAUUCCAACGUGCUGACCAAUCCUUUUGGAUCAGGAGAGGAGGAGCGAAGGUUGCUGCAGCGUUACAUUGAGUUAACAAGAAAAGACGAUGUCAAGAUCAACACGCGGGAUGAAGAGGUGUUCUACCUAUUUCGUCUCUAUGACUUCGACCGCAGUGAACGCCUGGACGGCUUGGAAAUGAUGAAGCUGCUGUCUGACUACAACUCCCAGCAUGCACCUGAGGACCAGUCCAAUGACAUGGUGGUGUCCUUGGUGGAUUUCCUUCUUCAGAGUCAAGAUGUAAACAAGGAUGGUCUCCUGGCCCCCUCGGAGCUGCUCUCUUCUCCAUUGGUUCACACGGAGAAGAACAACAACAUUCCUGUUGAGGAUCAGAGGGCGAUAUUGGACGAGAGGAUGCCAGACGUCGACACCAACCAGGAGCAAGAAGCAGCCAAAGAGGAAGCAGAAGAGCCCGGAGAACAUGUUCAGCCUCAUCAAGAAGUUAGGAAAGAAGAAGAAGAAUCCUUACAGCAUCUAGAUGAACACGUUGGACAACAGGUCCCAGAACAUUUUGCAGCAGAGCAAAGACAUGAGCAGGAAGUGCCUGCGCAUCAGGGCCAACCGGAAAUAUGAACACACACAUCACUCACACACACACACACACACACACAUACACACUGCAGAAGACUGAUGGCACACUGUAUAUGGUUGUUUAUGGUUAAAUACUGUCUUGGUAUAUACAGUAUACUCUGUGACACCACUUCUUUGCAAUAUUUACACAACAGGAGCAGAAGAAAGUCUUAUUUUAAUAAUGUAUUUAAACUAAAGCCAUAAUUAAGUUAGAUAAUCAUUUCUAAACAUUCUUUUGUACAAUUUCAAAAUUAAAUAAAAAAGUACUAAAGCAUGCGCUCUAUGUUGAGUGUUAUGCAACUUUGAACUUUUAAAACGGCAAACAUGGUUUUCAGGAUGUUCUUUCUUGGGAAAGUUACUGCUUAGGUGUUUGCAUUGUGCAAUGAAACUGACCAAUGUCUUCUUCUUCAACGUGUUACUUGACAAUGAUUGAAUGAUAUGAAAUAUCGGCCAAGUCUCAAUUUUGUAAAAACAAACAAACAAAAAGACAGAAUUAGUGUGGAGGAUUUUAGUGUGACUGACUGCUGAGGUCCAUUCUGCGACAUAAUAGAACUUCCACUUUAUGAGCUUCAGGUUUUUAAAUAUAGCUGUCUGAAAAUAUGAAUAGAAAUAUCACAUUUGAUUACAUUUCUCAAUUCUGUCUGUAUCUGCAUUGGAAAGUGUUUUAUGAAUCGGUUUAUGAAUUGCUGUUCUUGUGUCCCUUAAACUCUUUUCUGAACCAUUUAUACAAAAAUUACAACUUUCA